UGACGACUGACUGUCAACUACUUCUGUCGCCUCUGACAGCGUAAAGGAGUGAGUGAGUGAGUUUGAUUUUACGCCGCUUUUAGCAAUAUUCCAGCAAUAUCACGGCGGGGGACACCAGAGAUGGGCUUCACACAUUGUACCCAUGUCGGGAAUCGAAGCCGGGUCUUCGGCGUAACGAGCGAACGCUUUAACCACUAGGCUACCCGACCGCCCCCAGCGUAAAGGAAGACACCAAAGUGUGUUCCAUAACAUACACCAUCGAAGGUAUCAGUAGUAGUCCCCACGAUGACCGAAAAAAAUGAAAACGUUCACUCUCAUUGUUAUCCUAUGGUAAAAGAAGAUUUAUUUUCUACGGCGGUUUCACCAUGCAAGUGUUGCAACGCACAAACUAAAAAAAGACAUGGCGGAGGACGGCCCCCCAUCGUACACCGACACAAUGGCCGCCAUUGCUGAGGGGAUGCGACAACAAGGGAUACAGACGCGCUCCGGUCUCACCCCCGGGGAUCUCACCGGUGACUCCGGGGAUUUUAUUGUCAUAUUUCCUCCCUCGACGACAGGUAAUAGCUUCAGAAGCGUCAGCAGUGGGUCGUCCUUUCAGUCUGUUGAUGCCAGCCUCCCAGAAGGACCUCCGCCUGCCUACACAGACCGUCCAUCUCCAUCUUCCCACAGACGAACAACAGAACCUGGCGCUCACUGUGCAGAGUCCAGUGUCAGCCACAAUGAUGAUCAGAGAACUUCAUCACUUGACGCCGACCACAAGAGUGGUCCAAAGAGUGUAUCUGAUCCAUCAUCUCUAAAAGAUGCCAAAAGGUCACACAGAACUUCCCCAUUGCCACAGACCGGAGUCGCAUCAGACCGGAACCAUUUCCCCGGUCUUCCAAGUGCACCAUUAGCCACUUCAAGCCUUCGUCACGACGCCAUGUCAACAGAUGGAGCAUCUGAGAAGCCAGCGGAACAUGACCCGUCGUUACCGGGAAGGAUCCAAGUAGAACAGCAGGAAUAUGUCAUCACCAGUUCCUCCCCUGCUACUGUGGAGAUCAGAUGGCGUGUUCCUGACAACGCGGAUGACUUCACUGGUUUGAUGUACGUGGUUGAGACACACUACGCAUCCUCUCCAUCACUUUCAAUCACACCGAUAUCCAAACCGAUCGAUAGACAUGACGAUUACUGGGUAGAAAUAAUAGAUACUGCCAAGCCUUAUAUUCGUUUGUUUCGAACUCAGUCGAUGCUGGCGAUUGGACAUGCUAAAUGGGCACUGAACCAAUCACGUAGAACACACGGUCUGAAGGUGUGGCUCCGUGCACGGGCUGUUGAUGGGUACAACAGACUGCCGUCUUGUAAGAAGGGGCCAUGGAGUGAGGAGUUUAGAGUCCAGUUCAUUGAAACAGGCAGCAUCACGCAGUCACAACAAAACGCAUGGACGAAAUCCCAAGAAGCCUCGAUGAGUACCAGCGAUAUGUCUAUACAACACAAAGAUGCCAAACCUUUGACAUUCGAGUCAUCCCCAUCUUGCAGCUUGUCCACAGAAAUGGUUAAUAUUCCAAAGUUGGAGUAUUACAUUCACUCCGAUUCACCAACCGAGACGCAAAUAAAAUGGGAAAGGCCUUCAAAUGUUGGGAAAUUCAAACAAAUGUUUUACGAAGUGCAAUCAAUGCAGGAACCGCUGCAUGAGAAGGGAUCGAACGCCAGUCGGUUUACAGAAUGCGCCCGAUCUGAAUCCUGGAAGAGGAUAGCUGACACGCAGUCGUCUCCCCUUAGACUGUACAAAUUCCCGAAGCACAUCUCCAUCGGCCGAACAAGAUGGAACCUUUCUCCCUGCAUGGCACCGUUCACGCUGUUACUGAGGGUCAGGCUUGUAGGCAUGAGGCAAGAUUGCGAUGGGGUGAGCGAGGGACCGUGGUCUGAUACCGUACAUAUUCACGUUCAGGUGGAAAAGCCAAGCGUGACACAAUGAUGGGGCGUAUUGUUGCAGAACGGACUCUUACUGUUUUCAUUCAUUUAAGAUUUGUUAUUCUCCUCUCGUGGGGAGUAGAUAUUUGUUUCAUCUUGUGAUUUUUAUUUGGGAUACCUUAGGAUCCCAGUGAAAACUUACCGCAUCUGGGCAAUGAUCUAGGGUAUCAUAGAGAGUCUAAGAAAAAGGGAGGUAGGUGGUCCUUUUCCCGGCCGCUUCAUGCCAAAAAGGAUCGUUAAAAAAUGGUACUUGUCGUCAUUAAAGGAUACACGCACGUCGUCAUGUAAGUGCAAUAAUGUCUGACGUUAAACACCCGUUCAUCUCUGAUAGCUGAUAGACGUAAAUGAAACACACGUAAAAUAUUCUAAAAAAUGACGUUAGGAAAACAUGAUUCUUGAUUGGACUUGAAAUGAGAGUGGUGAUAUGACUGCCAGACAAUCAGAUGGAGUUCGAAUCUCACGCGGAAAUAUUCAGACCUUUUCUUGCUUUUAUAUCUAUGCACGUCGGGAGUUAGAUGAUAACAAUUACGUUUGCUUUACGUAGCCCGAAUGGGAAUUCUUCCAGUACCAAAUACCGUAUACAUUUUUGUGUGUUUUUUUGAGCUGCAGAAAGGCGUUUGUGUUGUUGUCCAUUACCUCUUGAUAUAGCUGUUUCUUGUACAUUUUAACUGAAACACUAAAGAUAUUUGAUUGUAGUUACGUUUUCCUGUUUUGGUAUGUAAUUUGUUUUACUUGAUCUUUCACUGAAGGGGGCACGGGGGGCCCAGUCGUCUGAGGCGCAGCGAUUCGCUGUGCAGAGUUGCGUCCCUUGGGCACGCCAGAAACCUAUGAUUGUGGGCUCGAAUCCCGGUUCGCGCCGAUUAUGUUUCUAGGUUUGUCAGCACCAUACCCGUGCCCGUAGCUGGAAUACUGUUAAAAGCGGCGUUUAACCCAACCCACUCACUCACUCUUUCACUGAACAUAUAUGUACAUAUUUGAUAUCAUUGUAAUAAAGCCAAAUAUUUGUAACUUGA